GCAAGUUUCAAACCUCUUCCUAACAAUGGUGUUUCCAGCUCUAGUACUAGUCAUGAGGCAGCUGUAUUAAGAACAUAGAAUUCGAUUGAAGUGUCCUUCGUCUCUAUGGCGCAGAUUCUAAGUAUAAGCCACCCAAGUUCUUCCAAAUCCCUAGCAAUUGGAUAUUGUGUUGCUCUCUCAGAUGCUCAGUCAAUCAAUUUGACUCGCCGCCGCCGUCAAGAGACGAGCCAUAGCUGGAAUUCUCUACAGCGUGACCUAAAAUCUGAUGGAAGAAUCUAUUGCCUAUUCUCUGAUAAUCGUAGCAAGGAUCAGGCUAAGAAAGCACUAGAAAGUGCACUUGGUGGCAAGAAAAUGGAGUUUGAGAAGUGGGACAAGGAGAUAAAGAAGAGGGAGGAGGCAGGUGGCGGCAGUGGUGGUGGUGGUGGUGGUGGAGGGUGGUGGGGCAGGUGGUUUGGUGGGUCAGAUGGUGAGCAUUUCUGGCAUGAAGCACAGCAAGUCAGUCUUACCCUCUUGGUACUAGCUGUCAUGACUCUGAUACUUGCAAAAGGUGAUGUAUUGUUUGCGGUUGUACUCAAUCCGUUGCUAUCAUUUUUACGGGCCCCACGAAACGGAUUGCGAUACAUUACAUCGAAAAUCAAUAAAAAUGGAUCUCCUCAACAAGAAACAUCAUAUGUUGCUACUACUUCCGCAAAGGAGUCUGUUAUUAGCAAAUGGGCUAGCGAUUCUUAGUUUUUUUUUUUCUAGUUUAUUUCUUUUAAAUCCACAAUUAAAAAAAUCAUUUUGAUUUUGCGGAAAAUGCUAAAUGUCAUGAGUUUCAUCAUAUAUGGGUAAAAAAAUUUGAAAUCGUGUUUGUGUUUGAACAUUGAUGUCGUAAAAAAGUAUAUGGGUCAAAUUUAACUAGUGCAAACAUGCAACGAUUCAUAGUAUUUUGUUUGAGGUAUACCAAUCAACAUUAUGUGUUAAUAAUAGGAU